AUGGAAGACUUUAAAACUUGGUAUUUUUAAUUUCCAGUAGUUUCUAGAUCAUUUAUAACAGCGGUAGUAGCUGUCACUGUUGUAGCUAGCUUAAUAUAUUCACCUCUCCCAUAUUAUAUGUACCUAGAUUUUUAAAAGCUCAAGAAUUUCUAAAUUUGGAGAAUUUUCACAAACUUCUUCUUUCUUGGGACAUUUGGACCUAAUAUAAUUUGGGAUUUAGUCUAUCUAUAUUUUGCAACAACAAGACUUGAUUCACUUUUUACUGACAGAUAAGUUGAUGAAUAACUAUGGCUUUACAUCGUAGUCAUGACUUUCUUAUCAAUUGCAGGAUUAAUUUUCAGUACACCAUUUUUGUGUUCCACUUUACUAUUCGCUUUCAUAUAUAUUUGGUGCAAAAGAUAGCCUUUUGAGACAGUUCAAUUCUUCUUUGGUUUAAAAUUCAAAAGUGGCUAUUUCCCUUAUAUUUUGAUGGGAUUACACUUAAUUUUAGGACAAAGCAUAAUUUCAGAUUUAAUUGGUGUUGCUGCAGGUCAUGGUUACGUAUUCUUUAAAUAUAUCUAUCCAGUUUCCAGUGGAAAGGAUUUCUUAAGAACUCCUAGAUUCUUUACUUCAUUUGUAAAUAAGUAUAUAUCAAAGACUUAAGCUCAUAACUAUUAAAAUCCAAACAAUUAGCAAUAAAAUAAUUAAGGAUAAUAAGGAUUUAAUUUUAGACAAUUUUAGGGAUAAGGUGUUAGAAUAGGUUGA